CCAGAAGUUCCUGGAUGCCGGGGCUGCAGGUUGCGAGCGGCGAGGCGGCCGGUGCGAGGGACCUGCUUCUGGUUACAUUUCCAAGUCCUCGGGUGGGGCCUGUGUCCGUGGGGGCAGGGCCAGGCACAUCGUGGACGCUCAAGCAAUAUUUGUGAAUGAAAGAAUGAAGGUCGUCCCUGGGAGCUUCUCUCUCAGAGGAAUGAUGCAACCAGAGAGGCGCAUUCAGAGUUUUGACUCUAGGUAUGGGGAUAAUAGUUUCACUUACGACGUUAAGCGAGAUGUGUACAACGAGGAGACCUUUCACCAGGAGCACAGGAGGAGGGCUGUGUUCUCUCGGAACAUGGGCAUUGACAUCACCACCUUCAGUCACCACGUCCAGUGCCGCUGCUCAUGGCACAGGUUCCUAAGAUGCAUGCUUACAAUCUUUCCCUUCCUAGAGUGGAUGUGUUUAUAUCGAUUCAAGGAUUGGCUUCUUGGAGACUUACUUGCUGGUAUAAAUGUUGGCCUUGUGCAGGUUCCCCAAGUCCUGACGUUAAGUUUGCUGGCAAGGCAACUGAUUCCUCCUUUCAAUGUCUCAUACGCAGCUUUCUGUUCUUCGGUAAUUUAUGUAAUUUUGGGAUCAUGUCAUCAAAUGUCCAUUGGUCCAUUCUUCUUUGUGAGUGCUCUGAUGGUGGAUGUCCUGAGAUCGAACCCAUUCAACAGAGGCCACCUGAUACUGGGGACUUUCAUCAAAGAUGACUUUUCUAACCCCUUGUUCUAUACGGCUUAUAACAGGUCCUUGAGUGUGGUGGCGUCCACUACUUUUCUCACUGGGAUUAUUCAGCUGUCCAUGGGCAUGCUGGGUUUUGGCUUCAUUGCCACUUACCUUCCGGAGGCUGUGAUAAAUGCUUACCUGGCUGCUACGGCACUGCACAUUAUAGUGUCCCAGCUGACUUGCAUCUUUGGAAUUACGAUUAGUUUCCACGCUGGUCCUAUCGCCUUCUUCUAUAACAUAGUUAACUACUGUAUGUCUCUCCCAAAAGCUAAUUCUACGAGCAUCCUACUAUUUCUAACUGCUGUUGUUGCUCUGAGAAUCAACAAAUGUAUCCGAAUUUCCUUCAAUCAGUACCCCAUUGAGUUUCCCAUGGAACUUUUUCUGAUUCUUGGCUUUAGUGCAUUUGCCAACAAGAUAAACAUGGCCACAGAAAGCAGCAGGACGCUCAUUGAUAUGAUUCCUUAUAGGUUGGUAAUUCCACUUUUCAAGACUACUCUUCCCUUUCUGAGAAACUUAACAAAAAUUAUUUUAGAAGCCUUUUCCUUAGCUUUUGUGAGCUCCUCACUGCUCGUGUUUCUGGGCAAGAAGAUUGCCAGUUUCCAUAACUAUAAAGUCAAUUCCAACCAGGAUUUAAUAGCCAUCGGCCUUUGCAAUGUCGUCAGUUCAUUUUUCAGAUGUUGUGUGUUUACCGGCGCUGUUAUCAGGACUAUUAUCCAGGAUAAAUCUGGAGGAAGACAACAGUUUGCAUCUCUGGUAGGAGCAGGCGUGAUGCUGCUCCUGAUGGUGAAGGUGGAACACUUUUUCCUCGCACUGCCAAAUGCUGUGCUGUCUGGUAUUAUUCUGAGCAAUGUCCUACCCUACCUCGAAACCAUUUACCACCUACCCAACCUGUGGAGUCAGAGCCAGUAUGACUCUAUUAUCUGGAUUGUGACAUUCAUGUCUGCAGUUAUCCUGGGACUGGACAUCGGACUGCUUGUCUCAAUAGCUUUUGCUUUCUUCAUGAUCACUGUGCAGUCACACAGAAUUAAGAUUCUUCUCCUGGGUCAGAUCCCUAAUACCAACAUUUACAGAAGCAUCAAUGACUAUCGGGAGAUCAUAAGCAUUCCUGGGGUGAAAAUCUUCCAGUGCUACAGCUCCAUUACAUUUGUAAAUGUUCACCAUCUGAAGGACAAGCUCUUGAGAGAGGUUGAAAUGGUCAGAGAGCCUCUUAAAGAAGAAGACAUUUUCUACCUAUUUAACAGAAGUGAAGAUGGCUCACAGGAAAGAAAGAUUUGUCAGUGUUUCUGCAACUGUGACGAGAAGGAGCCACCUCCCAGGGUUGUUUACACAGAACGAUUUGAAAGCAAAUGGUACCACGGCACAUCCUCCGUUAACCUGAUCCGCUGCUCACAUUUGGACAGCGGGAACACGAGCCACACUUCAUCCAAUGAACAAAUACCUUACAUGGCAGCUUCCGCAUUUCAGAAAAAUCAAGGGCAAAACCAUGAGGAUGGGGACAAAGUCAGGCUUUCUUAUAACCCCUCUAGAAACAACUCGAUGUCACGUCCUGGAGCUUCUGAAAGUCAGGUCAGGUUUAGAUCACUCAUCCCUGACUCAGAAACAUCUCUUCCGCCCAGCAUCCACACCAUCAUCCUGGAUUUCUCCAUGGUACAUUUUGUGGAUUCAAGGGCUGCAGUCGUAUUAAGACAGAUGUGCAAUGCCUUCCAGAAUGCCAACAUUUUGGUGCUUAUUGCAGGGAGUCACUCUUCUCUGGUCAGGGCAUUUGAACAGAAUGACUUCUUUGAUGCUGGUAUCACCAAGUCCCAGCUGUUCCUCACCCUCCAUGACGCUGUGCUGUUUGCCUUGUUGAGGAAUUUUCCAGAGACCUCCGAGUUGAGUGUGGACGAAUCUGAGACAGUGGUACAGGAAACCUAUUCAGAAACAGACAAGGAUGAAGAGGCAAGACAUAAAAUGAGCAGCAGUAUCCUAGAAGUCCCCCAAAAUGUAAAUCCUGGCUUAACCACGACCCAAGGGACAAUAACAGAGCCCAUGCUGGAAUCAGAACAAGAGACGGAGUGUGAGCUAGAGACUGAGUGUGAGCUGGAGCCUGAGUGUGAGCUGGAGCCUGAAUCUGAGCCACAGUCCGAGAUGGAGAUGGAGACAGAGAUUGGGCCCGAGCCCGAGCCCGAGCCCGACCUCACGCCCAGGCCAAGGGCUCAGACUUAUCCUCGGCAGCAGUACUGGCUUUUGUAUCAGCCCAAACGUCCUAGCUCCCCAAGUCAGACUCAGCCUAGGACACAGUCGGUGCAGACGAGGCAUCAACCUAUGAGUUCAUAUUCUCUUAGGGGAGGUGACAUUGAGGAGCCCUAGGAAAUGAGCUGGGUAAAAAGGGUCAUAGUCCCUUGCCAAAUCCUCCCCACCCAAAUGGAGUCACUUGCAAACUAGCAGGACUUGCUUUGGGACUAAGUACAAUACUAAGUACCAAGAAUUAUCUCUGAAUUCCCUAUCCAGACACACUUUAUUUCAACUUCAGCAGAUAUUCCAAUGAAGGAUUCCCACAUCCCACACUUCUGGGGUUUUUAUCAGACAACCUAAAUGAUCCCUCUCAGCUCAGCUCUGUUCUUUCUCCAAAUAUAUGAGGCUCAAAUAAAACAUACAAUGUUAGUUGUGUUUGGACUCUU